CCUAUCAUUGUAGCCUUUUUACAGUUUUGGUGCCACCUGGUGUUUCAAAUGUGAAACUGCAUCUCGAUUGUUUGUAUCAUUGACUUUAAAAAGUAUUUUACAGUCAUUGGUUUGUAUCCACGGUUACGUGAGCUCUAAAUCAAUGUAGUUUAUCAUGGCGAUACGUAAAGUGAAGUGUCCCUACGUUUUAACAUUUUGAGACCUAGCGUUAAUGUAUUUUAAGAUCAAAGCUCUGUUGCAGUUCUAACAGCUAUGAAGAUGCAGACAGUGUUGUGAGUCUCAAGAUCUCCUACUGGCCAAUCAUACUUGAUCAUGGGCGGAGACUAGAAAGAGAAGACACCUUAAGGCUCUAGAGAGACUAAAGAGAGAGACUCAACCAGAAACAGCAGUAAAGGAUCAACCAGAGAGAGACAAGCUUCCAGAGACUAGAUACAAGACAGGAUCCAGAGAGACCAGACAGAGAACAAAGAGAGAGCUGAGUUAUGGAGACACAUCACUGUGAUACAUGUGGGAAGAGCCUUUCCUCCUACACUAGCCUCAAGAACCACAUGAGGAUCCACACUGGAGAGAAGCCCUACAGCUGUGACCUCUGUGGUAAAACCUUUAGCCAGGCUGGCCAUUUCAGAGCUCAUAGUAGGAUCCACACGGCAGAGAAGCCCUACAGCUGUGACGUCUGUGGUAAAACCUUUAGCCGUGCUAGCACUUUCACAACUCACAGCAGAAUCCACACUGGAGAGAAGCCCUACAGCUGUGACCUCUGUGGUAAAACCUUUAGCCAGAUUGGCAAUUUCAGACAUCACAGGAGGAUCCAUACUGGAGAGAAGCCCUACAGCUGUGACUUCUGUUGUAAAACCUUUAGCAGUGAUAGCAGUUUGACAGUUCAUCGCAGAAUCCACACUGGAGAGAAGCCCUACAGAUGUGACCUCUGUGGUAAGACCUUUACCCAUGCUAGCAGUUUCACAGUUCACAGCAGGAUCCACUCUGGAGAGAAGCCCUACAUCUGUGACCUCUGUGGUAAAACCUUUAGCCAGGCUGUCCAUUUCAAGGCUCAUAGCAGGAUCCACACUGGAGAGAAGCCCUACAGCUGUGACUUCUGUGGUAAAACCUUUACCCAUGCUAGCAGUUUCAAAGAUCACCGCAGAAUCCACACUGGAGAAAAGCCCUACAGCUGUGACCUCUGUGGUAAAACCUUUAGCCGUGUUAGCAGUUUCACAGUUCACAGCAGGAUCCACACUGGAGAGAAGCCCUACAGCUGUGACCUCUGUGGUAAAACCUUUAGCCGUGAUAGUAGUUUGACAGUUCACUGCAAAAUCCACUCUGGAGAGAAGCCCUACAGCUGUGACCUGUGUGACUAUUCAGGUAAAACAAAUGACCAUCUGAAGAGUCACCUGCGUGUUCACUAUAGAAAAACUUCAAAGCAGUGAUGUCUGGGGCCAGGCUGUCCCAGCAGUCACCACCUGAGAGAACUUCUGUAUGACCCACACCUGGAAGAACUACCGGCCUACAACUAAAAAAUCAAAAAUCCUCUGCUGUUAGACUGCUCCUCCCAAGUUUCUUCCAUUUUGUUGUCGUAACUUUUAUUGAUGUAAGACUGUUUAGCCUGUGUUAUGAACCUUGUCUAGGGGGAAAGGCCGUAACACUAAAGAAACACACAAGACAGAACACGCAUGCAAACAUGGCGAGGGACGUAACAGCCUGUGUCCUGCACCUCUCUUUCACCAACUGUAUUUGUUGGAGGAGGGGAGCACUGAACUUCUUUUCCCAAGGUUUUUUCUUUUUUUUCUAAAAUGUUCCUUGUCUUCCUUGAGGGUUUUGGUUGGUUGAGGGGAAGUUCUACGGGUGUAUGUGAAGCCCUCUGACAUUGCUUGUAAAAAGGGUUAUACAAAUAAAUUGUAUUUGAAUUUGA